AUGAUAUGUUUGUGGAAUUAUGUGAAUUCAGUUCUUCGUACACCAGUCACCCCUGAUGCUAUUUGGAAAAAGCUGGAUACACUAUACAAUAUGGAAGGGCUGCAUGCUUCUGAAGUCGAUUCUUUUCAAGGUGAAAUGCAAGAAUUCAGUCUACCCGAAGAAUUCGAUUCCUUGAAAGGAUUGAAGUUUCCACGAGUUAAUCACGGAAGCGAUACAGCUACACUCAAAUCUUCAGUUCAAGAUACUUCUAAUCAAAAACGAACAAGAAAGUCGGUACGCUGGGCUGACAUUCUUGUAACUUCAUAUGAUUUGGUUCAAACACCGACCACUUCAGCAGUCACUACCGAUGCAGGUGUUGGCAGUUCUUCACGCAAAAGGCGGCGCUGA